CGCCGCAGCAGUGGCCGCGGCGCCGUCGCGCUCGAUACCUCGCUCGCGCGCUGGCACGGGGCUGCGGCGCGGCGACAGUCGUCCCCUCCCCCCGGGUGAGAGUGCAAAGGGCGAAGGCGAGGGCGACGAUGACGGGACGACGAGCGGACGAGCAUCGCUGCCAGUCGCGAUGACGGAAGGACAGCAGCCGAGGCCUUGAUUCGAUCGACGAGCUCGCUGCCGUAGCUGCUGCAUUUUGUUUCGCACGCGGCCAUGGCACUGGUUAUGUUGCCGUGCGACCUGCCUUGGUGGCCAGCUGUCGCCAAGCAACUGGAUCGCGCCGCGCAGGCGAGAGCUUCCAAUGAACUCGUCGACGCUAUGCAACGAUUGCACGACAUGUGCAACAUCAGCCUGGAUCCGGAAGAGGACAUUCAAGACAGCCACCUCUUCGACGGCCUAGCGAAGUAUCUGAACGAGGAUCUGACCACCGAGGAGCGCGAGCACGUGCUCGGUAAAACGAUACCGAGGAUAGUCGGCAGAGCGAAAGCACUGAAAACGCACAAACCACCGCAAGGCUUACACUUCAGUUUGCAGCAGCAAGGUGACACGAUUGAGCACAGUUACGCGUUCGUCGCAUCGCUGAUUGCCAACGCUUUCUUCUCGACCUAUCCCAAGCGAACGCCAAAGACUCAUCCUACUUUAAGAGACUUUAAUUUUACGCACUUUUUCAAGCAUCUCAAUCUAAAAAGCCAGAAAGCUAAGUUAGAAAGUAUAUUCCAUUAUUUCGACUAUCUGGAGACUUGCGACUCGGCAUUGGAUGGCCAUCUACUGAUUUCAAGACAAGUGAUGUUAUCGCGACAAUGGCUGACUAUCGAGGACUGGCUGGAGAGUGAUUUACCACUGUGCCCGCUACGAAUCCGACACGAAGGCAGACUCGAGAGAACCGACAAUGGCGUACAAGUGUGCUUUGCCAGUUCAAGUUUUGGCGACGGUGUACUCGAGGCACACGCCACCCAAGAGACUAUUCAAGUAGCGAGCCAUCCCGAAUUGUUAGCUGUGAUGCUUUGCGUGGAAUCGUUAGAGGACAACGAGGCGCUAAUAGUCGAAGGCCUGAGACGAGUGUCGAAGAUACUGGAUCCUAAGCAUCGCGCAACCUUCGAGGCUAUAACGCAACCGACCACGAUAACUGCAUGCUGCAUCGAUGCGGAAGACUACUCGCAGCUACCGUUAGCACAGUACGAGGAGGACAACGUGUUGCGCGAGCUCAACAAAUCGUUGCUGGGUUUUCGACAGAGAAGGCCGCCGCAAAGUCCGACGAUCGAUGCAAGCCAAAGGCACGAGGCCGAAGGUGAAACUGGUCCUGGUACUCGGCGACUUUCGCCCAUUGGCGAGAGUUUUAGCAGCCCGUCGCCGGAGAUCGAGGAAGCUGCGAGGAAAGCUCGCUCGAUUCAUAACAGCGCCAGUAGUCAAGCCUCGAUGACACCAUCGAACGAGACAUGUCGUACAAGGGGCAACGGCUUGUCGUCAAGUCCGUGUCGGAAUGUCGCCAAAGUCAGCGGAAAUAGCGGCAGAAGUAGAUUCAUCGUUUUGGGUUCAAGCGGCGAAGCUCUACCCGUGACCCGCACGUCUAUCGCACAAACUUCCCAGUACCACAGCUGCAGUAGUCAAAGUACGGAUGACAGUUAUCAUAGCGCCAAGGAUACCGUUGACGAGCCUGAUAACGACGAGGAGGUACAUAAGCAAACUAGACGUUACAGCGAGCAACUCGACACACCCGAGAGACGUGGCACGUUCGCGCAACGCCUGAAAGAAGCUUUAAAGCGUGAAAGCUCGGCGACAAGAUCGUCUUCGUAUACCGAGACGACGAGCGAGAGCAGUUAUGCCGUUGACAUAUGUGUGUCGGGAAGUCACGUCGACGAUCCAAAUAUCAAGGUAAGAAGAGGUGGCUCAAGAGGAUUUGUUCUACGUGACGAGACUGUUGAUGAAGAUUUUUUGAAAGAAUCCCUCGAGGCUGAACAGAAGUGGCUCGGCAGAUUUCGACAGAGUCAGCAUCCUGGACUUCAGAGGAAGGAUACUAGCACGAGUAGUCGUUAUAGCUUUAGUACCGAGUAUAGCUCUGAUUUCUGCUCAGAGUUGGAGGAAGUUUACGAGCAACUAUCCAAAUGGCUGGAAGAACCCGUCGACGGUGAACCACGCGAAUUGGAUGCUCGCGAUCGCGCCGUGGUGACAUUUGCUGGUUCUCUUCUCAAACGUGCUCUGAGUGAAUCUUUCGCUGGAGUUCCUGUGCAAGAAGGCGAACCUCAACCUUUGUUCGAUGCUACUGAUGCUAAUCAAAGGAGAAAACUCGCGCUCGCCGUAAGGAGUUUGAGUUUGGAGCUUGCGAGACAAAGAAGCAGAAGACAUCCGUCGGUUUCAAGAGACGAUAGCCCACAAGAGGGUGGUCUACAACAGAUAGCAACUGGCAACUGGGGUUGUGGUUCACGGCUCAAAGGUGACCCUCAGUUGAAACUUGUCAUCCAGUGGUUAGCUGCAUCGGUCGCCGGUGUGCCUCGACUAGUGUAUUAUACAUUUGGACAUUCUAAAUUGUCAAAAUUAGAUACGGUGAGCCGAGUAUUAACAGAUCGUCAAUGGUCCGUCGGUGAUUUGGCCUCGGCAACCCUAAGGUUUUCAACACAGUCAAUCGAAGAACGUCGCGAGACACGCAACAGUCUUUUCGAAGAACUCAUCGGCGUAGACAAACCAAGUCCUUAAAUAACGAAAAUUUGU